UUCAUGGUCUACGAACCCGACAGGGAGUGCCACGAGAGCACCCAGUAUUCAUGGAUUUGUGGCCCUGCGCUGGUGGUCGCACGCGCUGCCAGGCCAGUUAGCUGGCUCACGAUGCUGCGCCGCCAACGCGGCGCAGAGCCGCCAGGCCCCAUGAGGUUCUUGACAGGGUCAUACCAGGCUGGUUUCCACUGGUGGCGGUCGGGACGCCUGGGCAAGAUUAUGCUCAUCGCUUGCUUCGUCACGUUGUCGCCAACGAGCUACUGUCCGCUCCAGCAGCUUCAGCUCAGCCUCCUCGUCGCCGCCGUCUUCGGCUUAUGGCACUGGUACGUCCUGCCGUACACGCGCCCCGUGCUCAGCGCCGCCGGGCAUGGUGUUCUCGGGGUUGCUGGCGGGUGGCGGGUGGUCGUUCACCCUGGGCUUCAGGAGCGGCAUCGUCAUGUACGUCGCCCUCGUGCUGACCCUCUACUUGUUUGUGAUGGUGGCCCUCUGGGUGAAGGUGACAUUUCUUUUGGCCGACGACGAAGAAGUACGCGCGUAGUGUUCGCGGCGAUGGGCGGGUUGAGAAUCCUGCGGCCUAGGGGCGCAUCGUUGAUCCGCGGCAGGCCCAUUUGAGGAGAUGGGUGGACAACAGAAGUAUGUGAUAUCUGACCGCAUCAGGGCCAACAUUGAAGCGACGGGCGACCUGUUUAGCAAUGCGAAACCAAGUCGUACUGGGGCGCAGCGGAA